AUGGCAGUAGUGCUAGCAGCUACUGCCCUAGCACGCGAUGACAACGACAACGGCCACGGCGGCAACGGUGGCAGGAGAAGAACAUGUAUGAUUCCACACAAAGACGGGGACACUUCCGAUGCAAUCAUGUCGACUUUCAAAAAAUGCAGUCAGCACUCCCGCGUCGUGUUCAACAAGAACUUUAACUACAUGGUGCAUCAACCCAUGAACAUUAGUGGACUGAAUGACGUGCAUAUCUCAAUCCAAGGCAAUGUGACUUUUGACGAUAGUAACAUAACUUGGUGGCAAGAGAACAUCUUUCUACUCAAUUUCCAGAGUGCCGGUACGUGGUUUGUUAUUGGCGGCGAUGAUAUCCGUGUCGACGGAGGUGGUACUGUAAACGGUCAAGGUCAAGCCUGGUGGGAUAUUAAGGCUAAAGACCCUCGGCCGGUGACCAUGACGUUUGACAAUGUCAAUAAUCUUCAUGUAUCGGAUAUUUGGGUUAUUCAAUCACCUUUCUGGCACAUUGUCGUUAGAAAUGCCAAUGGUGCAGUUUUCACCAAUAUGAACAUCUGGUCUCAGUCCAACUCUUCAUUCCCUGAGGCCAAUUCGGAUGGCUGGGAUAUUUUAGCAAGCACCGGUGUUGUUAUCAAGGAUCCGGUUAUUGCGAACCAUGAUGAUUGUGUUUCAUUCAAAUACAACACUACAAACACUCUUAUUGAAAAUGUGGACUGCACUGGAUCAAACGGCUCGCUCGGUCAGUACGCACGUGACGGACAGAUCGAUGCUGUUACGGAUAUUGUUGUCCGGAACGUUACAUGUCGUGAUUGUUCAAACGGAGCAAGAAUAAAGACCUGGGCAGGCGGCAAGGGGAUAGUUGAGAACGUUACAUUCACAAACAUGGAGGUGACGAAUACUGCAAAUCCAAUCAUAAUUACUACUCACUACUGCGAUGUCAAUCAAAUGGACUUUUGUGUCGGGUCAGAUGACGCAUCACUCACGAUCCGGAACAUUACCUUUGAUAAUAUAUUCGGAUCCGCAAGUGAGGCUGGCAAUCCUAUUGUCAAGAUGAACUGCUCAAUCAAUACUCCAUGCUCAGAUAUCACACUCACAAAUAUUGACAUCGAGCCCGCUAGCAAUACCAUAGAGAAUGUUUGCGAACAUGUUACGGGAGCGGAGGACAUUCCUUAUUGUCCUCAGUACCAAUUGUAG